CGACCCCAAGUCGCAAGAGUUCCGUAAAAUGUAAACAAAAUAGUGUGUGGUAAACAAUAACGCCGCCCGCGUAUUUGUAAACCAGCUAGUGUGAUCAUGUUUUAAUAUUUUCUUUUAUAUUUUAAGAUUAGUAGCUAGCUAUGGCUCAGAAGGUGGGAGGUCAUGAAUAAGUUGAUAUGGUUAGUUAGUAAGCACGUUGUCUGGGUGAACGAUAUUUUGUCAUGAUAAAUCUGACAGCUCUAGCUAACGUCGUUAUGUAGCUAAUGUAACGUUAGGCGCUAUUCGUUUUCUAGCAAGUUUUUACUAGCUACAGCUGUCAUGUAGCUACUGUGCAACCAAGUUAUCUGAGCAAGCAAGUUAAUAUCACUGAAGACACUAAAAGAUUUACCUGCGAACCCCCCCCCCCCAGUGUGCUCACUCCAUGGCUGGCCUGGGCCGCGGCCGAGGUCGCGGCAAGGGGUAUAUGAGCUUCAGUAUCGAGGCAGUCGGGAUUGGGAAAGGGGAGAACCUGCCCCCUUCAAUUCUCCAGCCUACACCUCUGUUUCCUCCCAUGGAACACAAGCCUGUCCCCUUGGUGAUGGGAGAGGAAGCAGAGUACAUGUUGGCACUGAAGCAGGAGUUCAGGGGAAACAUGAAGACCCUACCAUUUUAUGUCCGUCCAGCCGUCUCCAAGAAAGAUGUGGAGCGGUAUUCUGAUAAAUAUCAGAACAGUGAGCCGUCAGACAACACCAUUGAGUGGAAUCCAGACUGGAAAAGGCUACCCAAAGAGCUUCGAAUUCGUGUCAAGAAGGCCCUAAAAGAGAACACUUCUCUUAGUUUGGAUACACCAGUGGACCCCAAACCCAGCAAAAAGACCCGGGUGGACAAAGAGGAGAUCAUCCAUAAACUAGAGGUGGGAAUAACAUUAGAGGAGGAAGUGACCUCAGAUGAAGAGGAAGGGGAGAAGAAGAAGCAGGAGGAAGAGCAGCAAGAUGGGGAGGAGGAAUAUGAUGAAAAAGAGUUUGAAGAGGAGACAGACUAUAUCAUGUCGUACUUUGACAAUGGAGAGGAGUUCGGAGGGGACAGUGAUGACAACAUGGAUGAGGCCAUUUACUGAUACUUUGAAAAACAACAACGACAGAGCAUUGAGCAUGCCUAGGACCCAAGAGUCCUGGGAAAAUAUGUGACACUCCAGAACUGAGAGACACUCCAAAGCUGAGAGAAUGCGCUGUUGUUCUGAGGUCCAUCUUGUAUACAUGGCCUGAAAUGAUCUUAACUCGACACAUGAAUCUUCAAAAUAACCCAGGAUUCAGUCAGUUCCUGACUUAAAAAAGAAUUUCAGCAGAAGAAGCAGGUUGCACAGUUCAAACCUGCACUAGUUUUAAAUGGCUCUUAAGUGUGGUGGUGUUAUGGAGAGAGAAGUACGUCAAUCUUCAUAAGCCGACAUCUUUUCUCCUAACACCAAUUAUAGUAUUAUUUCUUAGAAGGUUUUUAUCCAUUUAUAGAAAUGUUAAAGAACUUUGAAGAUAUAAAAUGAAGGUGUUUAACGCACCAAUUUUAAUGUUAUGUUGUUUUAUGUAGUUUAUAUGUAGUUUUAAAAAGUUAUGUUUUGUAAAACUUUUAUAUCCAUGUAAUAUUCCAAUGUUGUUUGUUAUGAAAGAGGAUUUUACUUAACUUGAAAUUCUGAGAGAAUAAAUGGCAGCUAAUUUGUAAA